AUGUUGCAGCUCCCAAAUCAGAAUCAGAACCAGAAGCAGAACCAGAACCAGAAUCAGAACCAGAAUCAGAUCCAGUGUCUUGGUCUUCUGGCUCCGUUUCCGACUGCUCGCUCAUCAAAGUACUCUCGGCAGGAGUGCGGUCAAAAGAGACCUGGCCGAUAUCCUCUUUGA